CAGAUCAGUCCAAGUUCCGUGUCAAGCAGUCCGGGCAGCAUGGGUGCCCACGCUGGUCAAACAGGUGUAACCCGAAUAAUCAGUAUCAGUCCUUCGCGCAGUCAGUCAACAUCUCCACUGCGCCCCAGCGUAGCCAAUCAGUCCAUUGUCAAUGUGCUCACUUCAAAGACCAGACCAGGCACAAAUGUGCGACUCCAGCUUUUCUCUUCCUCUGGAGAUGGCCAGAUGGGGCAAACUACUAGUGCCACUUUGUCCCCUAGGGGGUUAAAGCGGCCGCCAACUUCGUCCGGCGAAAAGAAGGACAGUUACGCGUCGAAGCUACAACGGGUGAUGAACCAUCGGAUCGUGCGGUCGAAACUGGUGAAGGAGAAGUACAACGAGCAUUUGCUGGAGGCGUACUAUCUGGAGACGGGCAGCAACAUCCUAGACCUGUAUCAGUUCGCGAAAAAGCCGAAGACGCAAGCAUACCUGGCCUACCUGCGCGACCACGCCAUCGACCCGAAGGAGUACCAGCAGCAGGAAACCUCUAUGGAGGUGACGUCCACUGUUGGGGUUACUGUACCUAUGACUACACCGGGUACGCCGAGUGCCACGGCAGCGAGCUCUUUGCCUGGCAUCUCGCACGCCACCAGCACGUCGAUGGUAUCCACCCACUCUACCGCCUCGACGGACUCCUUGAAAGCGUCCGCUGUGGCUAAGGCGAAGUCCCAGUUGAUUGCGUCGCCAUCGGCGUCACCAACUCCUGGUAGCACGACGGCGCCGACUACUACGGCCACGGCGGCCACCAACCAGGAGUUGAUAGUGGAAAAGGCCAAGCAGGAGGCGUACGUCGUCCAGAGGAUCUCCGAUUUGCAAAAGGAGGGGCUAUGGGCUGAACGGCGGCUUCCGAAGAUUCAGGAAAUGCCGCGGAAUAAGGCACACUGGGACUUUCUUCUUGAGGAAAUGCAUUGGUUGGCGGCCGAUUUCGCUCAGGAGCGUAAGUGGAAGAAAGCUGCUGCCAAAAAAUGCGCUAGGAUGGUACAGAAAUAUUUCCAGGAUAAAGCUCUUGCUGCCCAACGUGCUGAAAAGGCACAAGAACAGCACUUGCGACGUAUGGCCGCAUUUUGUGCGAGGGAAAUCAAAAUAUUCUGGAGUAACGUUGAAAAGCUUGUUGAGUACAAGCAAAACACCAUCCUGGAAGAGAAGAGGAAGAAAGCGCUCGACCAACAACUCAGCUUUAUCGUCGAUCAGACGGAGAAGUACUCACAGUUGCUGGCAGAAGGGAUGAACAAGCAAUCCUCCGUACAAUCGUCGGAUCAGCAACAAAAAGAACAGACAACGACGGCCAGCAAUAUGUCAUCAAGGUGUCCGUCCAGGGUGCCAUCGGACGUAGAGUUCGAACCUGAUGACGAUUCGGAUGAGGAGGACGAUGAAGAGACCAUCGCGCAAGAGGAGGCAAAUAUGGAUAAAGAAGGCAGAGAUGCAGAGGUGGAAGCGCUACAAAAAGAAUCUCAGAUGGAGCUGGACGAUCUCCUGGAGGACGAUUUGCUUAGGAAUUACCUAAUGAAUAGGGAUAGCAUACGGUUAAAUGAAUCGGAAGAUGAAGACGAUGAUAAGAGAUCCGGAAGUAAAAGCAAAGAGGAUGAAGAUGAGAAAGAGGAAUCUGACUCAUCUAGGGAAGAGGAGGAUGAAGCAUCUAGAGAGGAAAAUGAAGAAAAUGAGGAAGAGGAAACGCUUACCAGCCAGGAAGGUGAGGAUGAGCUGAAGAUGUUGCUCGCGGAAGAUUCUCAUAAUGAGGGAGAAAUCACAAAGACUGACAAAAAAGACGACCUUAUUAAUGACGCUGCGGCUAUCGCAGAGAGUAUACAGCCGAAAGGAAACACCCUAUCUUCCACUAGUGUAUCUACCAAAAUCCCAUUUUUGCUGAAGUACUCCCUACGUGAAUACCAACACAUCGGUCUCGAUUGGCUAGUGACGAUGUACGAACGGAAACUGAACGGUAUUCUGGCUGAUGAAAUGGGUCUAGGUAAAACUAUUCAAACCAUCGCAUUGUUAGCCCAUUUAGCUUGUGAAAAGGAGAAUUGGGGACCGCAUCUCAUCGUCGUACCCACUUCCGUGAUGCUCAACUGGGAGAUGGAGUGCAAGAAAUGGUGUCCAGCUUUCAAAAUACUCACAUAUUAUGGCAGCCAGAAGGAAAGAAAACUGAAGCGGACCGGAUGGACGAAGCCGAACGCAUUCCAUAUCUGCAUCACAUCAUAUAAGUUAGUCAUACAGGAUCACCAGAGUUUCAGGCGGAAGAAGUGGAAGUAUCUCAUUUUGGAUGAAGCACAGAACAUCAAGAACUUCAAGUCGCAACGGUGGCAGUUGCUGCUCAAUUUCCAAACACAACAGCGGCUGUUGCUUACUGGAACACCACUUCAGAACAACCUGAUGGAGCUGUGGUCGUUAAUGCAUUUUCUCAUGCCGAAUGUAUUCCAAUCACACAGAGAGUUCAAAGAGUGGUUUUCCAAUCCUGUGACGGGUAUGAUUGAAGGAAAUUCGGAGUAUAAUGAGAACAUCAUCAAACGGUUACAUAAAGUAUUAAGGCCUUUUUUAUUACGAAGGUUAAAAUCAGAAGUAGAGAAACAGAUGCCAAAAAAGUACGAGCAUGUCGUUAUGUGUCGUUUGUCGAAAAGACAAAGAUUUCUUUACGACGACUAUAUGUCAAGAGCAAAAACGAAAGAAACCUUGGCAACUGGAAAUCUACUGAGUGUAAUAAACGUGUUGAUGCAGCUGAGGAAAGUGUGCAAUCAUCCCAAUCUGUUUGAAGUGAGACCGACAAUUUCACCAUUUCAAUGUGAAGAAAUAAAAUAUCACAUUCCAUCUAUAGUAUAUUCUGCGUUGGACUACGACCUUUGGAAGCACGUCAAUCUCUACGCUUUGAAUUUGCUGUUGAUCAUGCAUGAAUUACAUCUGAGUUCGUACCAAUGCUACCGGAUGCGACAAUCGCGCCCUGUGUCAAAGAAGAUCGUCGAACUAGGCGAUUUCCCUGCAGAUGCCGCCCCAGAAUCCGACCGCCCGCCCCCGUGUCCGCCCCACAGGCUGUCGAUGCGGGUGCGGGCGGCGGCUGAGGUCAAACUAGAGAAACGGGUCGGCCCGACUACCGGAGGUGGGCAGCAACAGGGUAAAGCAGACGGAGCUACGCCCGCGCAACAGCAACAAAAAGUCAAGUUGUCCAAUGUACAGUUGAUCAACCAGCCAGGGUUCGUCAAAGCUAUACCAGUUGUGAAUAUCUCCCAGGCGGGACAAGUGAGUGGUCAAGGGAACAAUGCUACCGUUUUGAAACCGACUACGAACUUUGCACAAAUAGUACAGAGCGCGACCGGUAAGCAUUUGGUGUUGACUUCUAAUCCGGGAAUAACAACGAAUAUCCCCAUUACGUAUACAACAAAACUCGGCGAUUACUGCAAAAUAAUCGUGUGGUUGGCGACCACAGAACUAAUGAAUAUGGCAAUCCAUUGAAAUCACUGCUCUCUCCAUAUUAAUAGUGGCGUAUAUUGUUCAGGUGUGCAGACACUCAAGUUUCUGUCCAAGCAGCCGGUGACUACUGUUGGAAAUGCAGGACAUGGUGUAACCAAAGCUUUCGUCAAAUUCCAACUCUCAUCAGUUACCACUGUGAACACUACUCCCAUUACAACAACCAACUCCGUUCAGUGUAACGUCAAGACGGAAGAAAAAAAUUCGUUGGGCGGCGUCCGUCCAUCUGUAGGAAACGAUUAUAUCGGUAGGCUGUAUUCAAAACAAAACAACCUGGACGUACGGUGGAAGGACAAGAGGUCGGGUAGAUCGCAGGGAAUUGUUAAGGAGAAAACGAGGGAUGUGACAGUUGACAAGAAGGAUGCUAAAGGAGAGCGCACGCGUCGGAUGCAGUUGAUGGCAUCUGUCAACGCAAGGCGGUGCGAUGCGUUGCCUCUGUACGGUAGAGACUUCCAGGACGUAGUGAAAAUUUUCAAACCAAAUGAAAAAGAUGUGUGGUCGGGAGGCUACGUGCGAUGCUUGAAUAUUCUGUAUAAUAUGCAUAUGGAGGAACAGGCAGAUUGCCUCAAGGAUAUGCUGUGUAAUCCAGAAAGGAGAAUUGAACAGUUGAAAGACGCCUGUGAUAGAUUUAUCUUAUUCGUACCUGCAGUGAAAGCUCCAGAACCUGAGAUGAGGAUUUGGCAUCCUUCGCCAAGUAAAUACUGGGGUCAACAGGAACAAAAACAAUUGAUCCGGACAUUGUUCUCCAAGAUGGCAACGCCUUUGCAUCCAAUCGCUUCCGCCAUGGUCACGCAAUUCCCCGAUCCCAGGUUGAUACAGUACGAUUGCGGGAAGCUGCAAACCCUUGACAGACUGCUGAGAAGUUUGAAGGUUGAAACACAUCGUGUGCUCAUAUUCACGCAAAUGACCAAGAUGCUGGACGUUCUUGAGGCAUUCCUUAAUUACCAUGGACACAUAUAUCUAAGACUGGAUGGUACAACCAAAGUGGACCAAAGACAGGUGUUGAUGGAGCGUUUCAACAACGACAAGCGCAUUUUCGCUUUCAUCCUAUCAACGCGCUCUGGCGGCGUGGGCGUCAACCUAACCGGUGCCGAUACUGUGAUAUUCUACGAUUCUGACUGGAAUCCAACGAUGGACGCUCAGGCCCAAGACAGAUGCCAUCGUAUCGGACAGACGAGGGACGUCCACAUCUAUCGGCUGGUCAGCGAACGGACUAUUGAGGAGAACAUACUGAAAAAGGCCAAUCAGAAGCGACUGCUGGGCGAUCUUGCCAUAGAAGGCGGGAAUUUCACCACUGCAUACUUCAAAAGCUCGACCAUCCAAGAUCUGUUCAAUGUGGACCAGUCCGAAGAGACGACAGCCUCUUCUCGUUUGGCGGAUCUCGUCGACUCCAAAAAGGACGAGCACGAUAAGAUACCUGUUGUCGCAACAACACCGCCCGCAAUGGACGAAAAAAUCGCCGUUGGUGCUUUGGAGAAUGCUUUGGCUGCUUGUGAGGAUGAUCAGGAUGUGCAGGCUGCCAGAACAGCAAAGGCGGAAGCAGUGGCAGACCUCGCCGAGUUCGACGAGGACAUUCCGUUGGAAGAGCAACAACUGGAGCCUACUCAGCCACAGCAAAAGGAAGUCAGCAAAGCCGAGCAAGAAAUCAACAGCGUCAUAGAGAAGCUCUCCCCGAUCGAGAAGUACGCGAUGAAGUUCAUCGAAGCGACGGAGUCGGCGUGGUCCGCGGAACAACUGGCAGCUGCUGAACGAGAAAUCGAAGAGCAGAAGCGCGAAUGGGAAAAGAACCGUCUCGCUGCUAUGCGUGAAGAGGAGGAACGGCGUGCCAGAGAGCUAGAGGAGGAGGCAGACAUUAUCACAUACAGUCGGGAGGACGCCGCGAACCAGGUCAGCAACAUUAAAAAAUUCCGCAGGUUUAAGGUAAAAGCUAGGCAGGAGAUCAAGGUUAAAAAUAUCAACAAGAAACUUGUCAAAAACGUUCACAUGAAACGGCGACGGAAAAGACGACGACUCAAACAUCCUGAAGUCGAGGAUCGUUCACCACAACUUAACGGAGACACUGAGAACAGUCUGGAUAGUACUGAGUCAUUGAGCAGUAAUAGUGUAUCAGGUAACUUAAUCGCGAAUGAUACAGAUCACAAUUCUCCACGUACGCGAUCCAGAGGCACUGUUGCUAUCAAUCUCUGGACGCUGGACGUAAGCCCUCUCCUCCCAGGAGAAAAACCGAUGAAACGCAACAAUAAAGAAAGCGCCUCCUCGCUAUCUGAAGACUGUCAAUCUGGCUGCGAAGAAAAUCCAGUAAUGAAGCCUUCAAAGAGGGGAGCGUCAUCAGUUUCAGGAGAUGAUAGUCAGUCUGGCGAAGAAGAGAAAGUGGUGGUGGUGAAGAAGAAACGUGGUAGACCGAGAAACGCGGUUAAGGGUAAACAUUUAGAUUCAGGGUUGUGCGAAGUAAAAAAAUGUUCAAUAAUUUUGAAUGAUAUUUUAGCAGAUGGACAAGUACACAUAUCCGGUGAUACAGAUAGUAAGAGAAAAUCUGCUGCAAAAACUGAUUUUGAUACAGAGGGUAGCGAACAAUGUGCUGGAACUGAAAAUAAAACAGAAUGUUAUGAUAAAACAUCGCUUGACAACAGUGAAAAUGUGAAUUCAGAUUUUGAUGCAAAUAGGGAUGACUGUAUUAAAAAAACGACUGAAAAUUCGGUAGACAUAAAACAACAAAACCAUAUUGAACACGAAAAUACAGAAGUUGAAUCUAAAGAAGUUGAAGAAAAUGCAUUUUACACGAAGUUAUCACCUCCUAAUAAAAAUGAAAAUACGAUUAAUUUAGUUGAACAUGAGGAAAAUGAAAAUAUGCAAACAGAAUCAUCUGACCAUAUUGAAAAAACGGCUGAUAAUUCGGCAGGCGCAUCAGAUCAAAUUUAAUUGAAAAUGAUAGUGAUACUGAUGCGGCUGCAAAAUCUACUGUAACAACUAAUAAUGUAAUCAACUGUGAUAGCACUUUAACUCAUGACAGGAGUGGAGAACAGGGUUCUGAUCAAAUCGAGGAUAAAAAGGCAACAACACGCACUUACCUAAUAAAAACACAAAAUGAAACGUCAUCAACAAACGAAGAUAUUUUUACAAAACUAGAUAGCGAAAUUGAAAAAAUAGAAACUUCAUCUAAACUCGCCAAGUAUAAUGAUGAGUCUGUGAUCGAUGCAAAAGCAACGUGUGUGAAUAGUGAUGAAUCUGUCAAAGAAAUUACAGAAACUGCCUUAGAAGGUAUUAUCAAUAUUGACAAUAGCUGGGAUGUUGCAUCAGCUAAUGAAACAUUCAUAAACAAUGACUCGAUUGAAGAUGUUUGUGAAAAUUAUGUUUCAGAAACUAAUGAAAAUUUCACUGAAGCAACAACAGUUAAUCAUAAUUCUGAAGUAGAUAGUUUAGAAAACAAGUCAACUUCACAUAUUUGUAACUCCACCUAUAAAAAUACAGAAGAUGUACUAGAAAAUGACAUCGAUGUUGAUCCAGUAGCUGAUUCAACUAAUAAGGAUGCUUCUAAAGAAAGUGAGUCUGGUACUCUGUUCCUAAAAUACCCAAAGAGCUAUUCAAAAUUCAGACCAACUGGGCGAAAACCGUAUAAGAAGCUCGGUAACAAUAAUGGAAAAACAUUAGAUGGCUGGAUCAGAAAGCCCUAAAAAAUCAUUUUCGGGGUUUUGAUGGCAAAAGCAAACGCUUAGUGAUCAGUAUGAGAAUGAAAUGUCAGUCAUUGUGCAAAAUUGUGGGAUCAACUAAAAUGUAUCCACAAAUUGGCUCGGUAUUGACGUCUUGGUUAAGACCUUUUUGUUAACUAUUUUUCACUGAAAAACUUUAUUUUAUUAAUGACAUGUCAAAAAACCAAAUUGUAAAUGAUUAUAUCAACAUUUGGACUCGAAUAUAGUCAUAGUCACUUGGUGGGCUGAAAAACUGACAGGCCAUGGUAACUUAUUUUAAAACCUAACUUCCUUGGCGUAACUUCUCUCAAACAUGUCUCCUAGUCUCUAUGGACAUUAAGCCAUUGAAAUACAGGAGCAAUAUAGUUGCAGUUAGUAUGGUACUCAAAAGUUCCUGCAAGUCUUGAACGUAACUGGAUCGAUUUUGCUCAGUGACUGGUGGACUUUUAAAAAAACAAUGUGAUCUAGUUAGUUAUUUGUACAGUCUAUUGGUAGAGUUAUAGUUUUUUCACGAAGACAAUUUUUUUAUUGCGCAUAAUUGUAAAUUAUCGUGUGGAUGUGUAUAUUUAUGUCUGUUGCCCUUUUUCCAAUUUUUAUUUUGGAAGCUUCGUAAACUCUGGUCGUUUUCAAAUUGUUGACUUAAGUUAUCUGUUUUGAAUGUUGUUUUGCUGGUGAUGUUUCAUUUCUUUUCUUCUGGCAUUUCCAGUCCGCAUUUUUUUUUUCAUUUACAUAUUUUUAUAGUAUCCGUCAUUUUAUAAAUGAUUAUGUCAAUUUCUGAAGUGAUGUGCUGCUGCUAGCUUCGGUUAUGUUGCAUCAGGAAUGAUAGAGAACAAGUGGUUAAUCUCUUCAUUAUUACUGGAAUGUAUGCAAGUGAAGAAUGCGUAUAUGAAAAUGCAUUCUAAUUGACUCAAGACACUGUUCUUACACACACGUUUGCUGGGGAGUUUGACUGCUUGUUUUCUAUCCACGUUGGAUUGAAUAUUAUACGGCACUGUUGCUUGUAUGUUUCAUUCGGGAACUUAAAACAAAUAUAUAUAUAAUUAUGUAUGCCAAAAGAAGAGACUGAUAACCCACAACUAGACAUUGUAUAUACUUUUUACACUUUCAUUUAUAAUGGUUAUCAUAAUCAUUUUACGUAAGUUUCAUGUUACUGACAAAGUUAUAUUUUUUUAAAUUGUAACAUGAAAUCUUGUCAUAUCCUGGACAACCUUGUGUUUAUAGACAAAUGGCUCAUCAUGUAAAACACAACUUUUAUUUGUCUGUGGGUGCCAAACAUAUUAUUAAUUUCAAAUUAAUUAUCACAUCCUCUUCCCAUAUUAAUGACAAUUAGUUAACCUCAUCAAGGAUUAAGUUGUUUUCUAUAACUUAAAACGUUUCUUUCUAUUUCCACGUCAUUGAUCAUUCUAGGUUGAUUUUAGGAACAGGUUAUUGGUUUCGAGUUUUUCAGUGCAAAUCAUACUAGUAUGAUUGAUAUUGUUUAUUAUUAUUAUUAUUAUGAUGGAGCCUAUCCUGUGGUAAGCAAAGGCUGUCCAAAAAAAAUUGGCCAUGUACAUAGUAUCUGUAUAAUAAUACCGAAGAAUGCAAACGUGCGUUAACAGGAAAACACAAGAAUAAAGAAGUUCUCUUGCGAA